CAUAAAGGCGCUCCGAAGACUAUUUUCUGUUGAAGCUGUAUCAACAGUAGCUGAGCUGUUGAUCCACGAUCUUCGAAGCUGGAGUCUGCAGUGGUGCCUUCAUGGCUCGGCAGUAAUUUUUAAUUUGCAAUUUUCCUGCCACAUCAAAGAGCCUCGCAGGGGCAGAGAGCUCUCUUGCUGAGACAGCCACUGACACUGUACAGUAAUCAAUCAUGUCUGCGCGCGGUCUGGCUGGCAGCACAGCAGACAACGAGCAGGAGAAGGGACGCGUGAAGCAGGCCUCCGUGAAGAGGUACUGGCCAGGGAAGGCCCCAGACUGGUACCAGGGAGAGGAGGAGGAGGCGCUGUCAGAUGUGUCAGAAGAUGACGAGGCAGGAGUGACCGCCGUCGCCCCACCUGUCAUAGUCAAGGCUGCAGAAGACCCCCGUCUGAGGCGCCUGGCAGAGAGGAGGGAGGAGGGCAGCGAUGAGGAGACGGCGGCUCCGCGCAUCAUCGCGCGCCACAGAGCGGCAGACUCCGACGAGGACGAGGUGGCGGGGGAUGUGCCGCGGCGCCGACAACAGCGCGAAGACGAAGAGGAAGAAGAGGAUGACGACGAGGACAGGGAGGCCCGGCGUGCUGCAGUGCGCGAGCGGUUGAAGAGGCAGCAGGAGCAGGAAGUUCUGGCCCCUGCGGCUGACGAGGAAGAAGAGGAAGAGGAUGAAGAUGAGUCGGAGUAUGAGACCGACAGCGAAGAUGAGGGCGUCGGCCGCGCCAUGCUCAAACCGGUCUUCGUGCCCAAGGCGGAGCGGGACACGAUAGCGGAGAGGGAGGCGAUGGAGAGGGAAGAAGAGGAGGCGCUAGAGAGGGAACGCCAGCGGCUGGAGGCGCGCAAGCUGCAGACGCGCGACAUCGUCUCCGACCAAAUCUCCCGCGAAGAAGCCGCCGCGCGCGCCGCCGCGGAGGGCCCCAAGGAGAUUGGUGACGUGGACACCGAAGAUGACAAGGAUGAGGAGACCCAGUACGAGCAGUGGAAGGCCAGGGAGCUGGCGCGCAUCAGGCGAGAGAAGGAGGGCCGUGAACGUGAGGCGCGCGAGGUUGAGGAGAAGGAGGCGCUCAAAAACAUGACCGAGGCCGAACGCCGCGCAUGGGAGGCCACCCACCCCAAGGUGGACGCAAACGCCCCAAAGAAGAGCUGGAAGUUCCUGCAGAAGUACUGGCACAAGGGCGCCUUCUUCCAGGACGCGGGCGACGCCGGCAUGGACGCCGUCGGCGGGGACGACAUCUUCCGCCGCGACUACUCCGGCCCCACCGGCGAAGACAAGAUGGACAAAUCCGUGCUGCCCAAGGUCAUGCAAGUCAAGAACUUCGGCCGGCGCGGCCGCACUAAGCACACACACUUGGUGGACGUGGACACUAGCAAGUUUGACGAGCUGCUGGUUCCUGAGGCGCGCCCGCUUAGGGAGAAGCUGGAGAAGAAGCUGACAGGCACUGAGCAAGUGUUUGACAAGCCGCGCAAGAUGAAGACAUGA